CUCCUGCUUUCCAGCCUGGUACCUCAACCUCUGGACCAAACUGGCUUUCUUUCUCUAAUGGGAGAUCUUCCAUCUCCAUCCAUCGACCCACCACUGACUGUCUCCUUCUUUUCUUCGUUUCCCCUCUAAAUUAAUGUCUUUCUUCACUGGGGGGAUCCCAGAGAUUUGAAUGGGGUUCCUGAAUUGGGGUGGGGGGCAUCCAGUGGGGAGGAGCAACGGGACAGGGGCGUUGAUCCAUCUUUCUCCUGCCCCCCCCCCCCCCCCCAGCUUAGAUCUUUCGGAGCUGGCCAAGGCGGCGAAGAAGAAGUUGCAGGCGCUAAGCAACCACCUUUUCGAAGAGCUCGCGAUGGACGUCUACGACGAAGUGGAUCGCCGCGAAAACGACGCCGUCUGGCUGACCACGCAGAACCACAGCACUCUGGUGACGGAGCGCAGCGCUGUGCCCUUCCUGCCGGUGAAUCCCGAAUAUUCAGCCACACGGAAUCAGGGACGGCAGAAGCUGGCCCGUUUCAACGCCCGGGAGUUUGCCACCCUCAUCAUCGACAUCCUGAGCGAAGCCAAACGGCGCCAGCAGGGCAAAGGUCUGACCAGCCCCACUGAGGCCUUCGACUCCUCCGUCCACGGGACCAGCGACUUGGACGACCAACACGACUACGACAGCGUGGCCUCCGACGAGGACACCGACCAGGAGCCCCUGCGAAGUGCCAACGCUGCGCGCAACAACCGUGCUCGG